CGGCAAGUCAAUUCUUGAUUUGAGGUACGAGAUACUCGAUAACUCCCACGACACCUGGUCGCAGGCGAUCUUUCGUUAAUACUAACCUCCAGGUAAUACACAGAAAGUCGCCAUGGGUCGCGUGAUCCGCAACCAGAGGAAGGGACGUGGAUCCAUUUUCACCGCCCAUACCCGUCUCAAUAAGGCACCCGCUCAGUUCCGUACCCUCGACUUCGCUGAGCGACAUGGAUACGUCCGCGGUGUCGUGAAGCAGAUCAUCCACGACCCUGGCCGUGGUGCUCCUCUCGCCAAGGUCCAGUUCCGUCACCCUUACAAGUUCAAGAAGAUCACCGAGACCUUCAUUGCCAACGAGGGCAUGUACACUGGUCAAUUUAUCUAUGCCGGAAAGAACGCCGCCCUGACCAUUGGCAACAUCCUCCCCCUGUCCUCUGUUCCUGAGGGUACCGUCGUUACCAACGUCGAAGAGAAGUCUGGUGACCGUGGUGCUCUUGGCCGUACCUCCGGUAACUACGUUACCGUCAUCGGUCAGCACCCCGAGGAGGGCAAGACCAGAAUCAAGCUCCCCAGUGGUGCCAAGAAGGUUGUUCUGGGCAGCUCUCGUGGUAUGGUUGGCAUCGUCGCCGGUGGUGGACGUACCGACAAGCCCCUGCUGAAGGCCUCUCGUGCCAAGCAUAAGUUCGCUGUCAAGCGCAACUCUUGGCCCAAGACUCGUGGUGUUGCCAUGAACCCCGUGGAUCACCCUCACGGUGGUGGUAACCACCAGCACAUUGGUAAGGCCUCAACUAUGUCCCGCUACGCCGCCCGUGGUCAAAAAGCCGGUCUCAUUGCUGCCCGCAGAACCGGUUUGCUGCGUGGUACCCAGAAGACGAAGGAGUAAAUGUGGUAUUCAGCGGAGUUUUUCUUGUGACGGGUUUAAAAUUCUCUUUUGCUAUGAGACAUGUGUAUUUAGGCGACUGCGGGUAGAGCAUCCACAUGCCCUUAGCGAAUUAAGGUUGUGGGAAACAACGGUUUUUAUUGAUACCAGCAAGGAGGCAAGAAAAGCAUCUGUCCCUGCAUACACGAUGGGCAAGGAAUGCAAAGACAUCGCCUUAUAGCCUCCUGCGUUUCCCUGUCCUGUAGCAAUUGAGAUGCCAGGAUAUUCGACAGCCUUGAAGAAUGCGGUCUGAUAUCUAGCAAUUGGCAACCUCCGUAGGUAACAAGAGACAUGAGAACAUUAGGAUAUUGGUUAUUAAUAUGGGUACUAAGCGCACUGUAAGCGAAUAUAUAUAAUCCACGCAAGGAGGCGUUGAAUAGUAUCCAGAAGCAGUUUUCAGGGCACAUCCAUUACUGGAACAGAGUCCAAUCGUGGGGAUGUUUAGAUAGAGUCUUCGAUCGUAGAUGAAUAGGCAUUAUUGGCAACUCUAUCUCUGGAGAGUGCAGUGCCCCAUCAAUGAUCAGACAUCUACAGCGUAGAUGAUACAUGCAGGGAGAUAUGGAGGACUUCACACACGUUAUUU